UGGUUUCCGCGGGUGAUUUGCGUCCCUUCCUGUAAUGUGUUCUACUUUUGUCUGUCAUUUUAUUCACAGUAUAACUAAACUGUCCUGAUGACCAGCAGGGAUGAAGACGUUGCUUCUCUUGAUGAAUAAAGUAGAUCAGUAAGUCGUCAGUUAGCCGGCUAAGCUAACAACAUCAGAGGAAACGCUACAGGCACGUUUGCUAAGCUAGGCUAACGUGACGUCACUUCAGGCUAGCUUCAGGUUUUAUUUGUUGUGUUUGUUGGUCUCAGAGGAGAAAAGUUAUCCUGAUAGUCAUGUCUCUCAGCGCUGUUCACGGAACUCUGUCGAGCCUGAAGACGUUUCAGGCAGACAUCGGGACAGGGAUGGACAUAGUGACGGAUGUUGCGAUGGACCUGGCUGAAACUCAGAAUGAGGCGAUGAACCCUGCCAUUGCAGAGAUGGAGGCCAUGAUUCUUGAGUGUGCCAAGCUGGACAGGGAGAUAAAUUACUUUGUGGACGUUGUGCAACAAGUAACAGCAGAGGUUAGUACACAGCAGCCAGAGGCCAUGUUCAGCCUGUCUGCCAAAGUGAAGGAGCAGUUUACAGGGAGAAUCGCCCGGCUCUCUGACGCUGAGCUGCACAACCACCAGAAAGUGGUGGCCUUCAAGGACAGCCUGAAGAACUCUGGAAACCAAGCCGACAAAGAAUCAGAGGAGAACAUUGAGGAAUUGGAUGAGGACAUCGCUGUUACACAGAGCCAAGUCAACUUCACCUGCCCACUCACACAGGUGGAAAUGGUGAACCCGGUUAAGAAUAAGAAGUGUAACCACUAUUAUGAUGAAGGAGCCAUAGUGGGCCUGAUCAAAACGAAACACAGCCAGAAGAAGAAAUGCCGCUGUCCUGUGGUGGGCUGUGGAAACUCAGAUGUGAAAGAGGCAGAUCUGGUUCCUGACCAAAUGCUUAGGAGAAGAAUCCAGAGCCAAAAGAGAAAGAGCAGCCGGACAUAAAAGUCCACAAUAACUCACCCUAAAAGCCAGUCCUUUGGUAAUUAUUUUUUUGAAAUAUUGUUUUGGCAGAAAUUGGGCGCUGUUGUUUUUACAUUUACCCAAAUUGUUAAACUGUUUGUAGAUAUUUGUAUAAACGUUUAUUUUUUCUUUGGAAGAUUUAUACAUUAAGAAAACUCUGUUAUCUAGUUUAAUUAGAAUUUAAAAGUUAUGACUUGCCUUUAUUUCACCUGGAGCUGUUUUUUGUACUCCGGCCGUGUUUAAUGUACAAAUCUGCAGGCCUUUUCAUAAAUAUAUUACUUAAAACAAACAAUUUUGUAAUCUUCAUUGGAAGGGUUGGGAAUUUAUCAGUCAAGUUGUUUCCAGCCUAUUUAAUGCAGUUUGUUGACAGAACCACAAGAGGGCAGUAUCUACAGUCCACAGAGCUGGAACAGAAGAAAUUGACGUCUGGAUCAAAACAUUUCAGCCUCAAUUAUGCCAAAGGAUUAUUUGUCAAGUUUUGACAACAAAUGCCUCCUACAAAACCAAGUGUACACACAUGUAUAUUUAAUUUACAUUUAAUCUAUUAAUCAAAAAUAAUAUUAGAAAUGUUGAUGUGUGGAAACCUAAAGAAUUUUACUUUGAGACACCGAAAGAGUUUCUUCAGAUAACAAGUUUUGUGAAUGAGCCAUAAACAAACCCUUCUUAAACGUAAGCUGGAAUGCACUUAUGUGAUUACACCUCUCCCUUCCUGCCUGCUCUCGCCCACUGUGAGGGGUCUUUGUUCCAAAGAGAAACAAACAAAGGCUGUGUUCAGAUGAAAUUAGGUGACGUUAAUCUUUUAAUAACCUUGCAUCAGGCAUUUUUAAUAAUCUCUAAUUGCCCUUUCCCUCUGAACAGUACGUCACGCAGCACUAAGAGCAUUUCCUGAUGAAGAUAUUAAGUGGCAAUAAAUGAUCUCGCUGA